UCAUCAUUCUUUACAACUUUGAUCGCCCACAAUUGCAAUUGCCAUCCCAGAUUUUCUGUUCAGUUUUGUUUUUAAGCUUCCAAUCUGGGGAUGGAGCAAUUCCGGCAGAUCGGAGAGGCCGUCGGGAGCAUGAAGGCCCUGAUGGUGUUCCAGGAUGAUAUACAAAUCAACCAGAGGCAAUGCAGCUUGCUGCUUGAUAUGUUCAGCUUUGCUUAUGAAUCCAUUGCAGAGGAAAUGAGACAGAAUCUGAAAUUUGAAGAGAAACAAACAAAAUGGAAAGUUCUUGAGCAUCCACUGAGAGAGCUCCACAGGAUCUUUAAAGAAGGAGAGCAAUACAUCAGGCAAAGCUUGGAAAUCAAAGACUGGUGGGCUAAAGCCAUCAGCCUCUACCAAAACACAGAUUGUGUGGAAUUUCACAUCCACAAUUUGCUUUCCUGCAUUCCCACUGUCAUUGAAGCAAUUGAAUGUGUUGGGGAGAUGUCUGGAUGGGACCAUGAUGAGAUUCAGAAGAAGAGAGUUAUCUACUCAAUGAAGUAUCGGAAAGACUGCAAAGAUCCCAAGCUGUUUCAAUGGAGAUUCGCAAAGCAAUACGCGGUUCCUCAGGAUUUCUGCAACAGGGUAGCUGUAGUUUGGGAAGAAGAUAAAUGGGUACUUCUCAAUAAGAUCAGAGAGAAAAGGAAUUCGGGUUUAACAAAGCAUGAGAAGAAAUUGUGUGAUAUUCUUAUCAAGAACUUAGAUGGGUCAGGGCCAUUGAAUGGAAAACUCUUGCCAUCGUCGGUCUUGGUUGGUUCCAGAGAUUACCAGGUGAAGAGAAGGCUGGGGAGUGGAAGCCAGUACAAGGAAAUUCAAUGGUUGGGUGAGAGUUUUGCUUUGAGACACUUCUUUGGGGAAAUGGAACCAUUCAUGGAAGCAAUCUCUAACGAGCUGUCUCUUUCUCAUCCAAACAUAAUGCAUAUGCUUUGCGGAUUCACUGAUGAUGAAAAGAAAGAGUGCUUUCUGGUGAUGGAGCUGAUGAGCAAGGAUCUGUCCAGCUAUGUCAGGGAGAUUUCUGGGCCAAAGAAGCGGUUCCCAUUCAAUCUUGCUGUCGCGGUUGAUCUCAUGCUUCAGAUUGCAAGAGGAAUGGAAUAUCUUCAUUCGAAGAAAAUCUAUCAUGGAGAUUUGAACCCUUCUAACAUCCUUGUAAAGGCAAGGUCUGCCUCCACAGAAGGGUACUUGCAUGCAAAGGUUGCAGGAUUCGGGCCUUCAUCCUCCGUCAAAAUUGCCCAAAAGGCAAACUCAAAUCAGAAUGGGGCUCUCCCCUUCAUUUGGCAUGCUCCAGAGAUUUUAGCAGAGGAAGAACAACUGGGAAGCAUUGGGAAUUCUAGAUUCAGUGAGAAAUCCGAUGUUUAUAGCUUUGGAAUGAUCUGUUUUGAGCUUUUGACAGGGAAAGUCCCCUUCGAGGAUAGCCAUCUCCAAGGCGAUAAAAUGAGCAGAAACAUUAGGACAGGAGAGAGGCCUUUGUUCCCUUUCUCCUCGCCUAGGUAUCUGACAAACUUGACAAAGAAAUGUUGGCACUCUGAUCCCAGCCAAAGGCCAAGCUUCUCAUCAAUCUGCAGAAUACUUCGGUACAUUAAGCGGUUCUUGGUGAUGAAUCCCGAGCACAGCCAGCCAGACGUGCUGAUCCCAGCGGGGGAUUACUGUGACAUUGAGGCAAGCCUUUUGAGGAACUUCCCCUCUUGGGGGAAUUCAGAGCUGUUGUCCAUCUCACAAAUCCCAUUUCAGAUGUUCGCUUACCAAGUUGUGGAGAAGGAGAAAACAAAUCCAAAUCACAAAGACAUCUAUGAAUCAAGCAGUGAUGGAGCCUCAGCUUGUGGGGAUGAGAGUGUAAUUGCAGAUGAACCAUUCCAAUCUCCACUCCCAUCUCCAAGAGGAAGGAAGCCAAUUGCCUCCCCUGAAACUCCAGCCAAGAGACUGCCUUCGUCCAAGAAAUCUCCAGAUAUGAGAGCCAACAAAGUUCCAGGGACACCAAAAGGGAGGACAGCAAGGCCUCCACAAUUAUUCAACUGCGCAAGAAGGAUGAAUUCAGAGAGCCAGCUAUUGGCUUCCACUCCGAGACCAAGAAGAUUUUCUGGCCAUUCCUCCGAUUCUGAGCUCUAAUAGUAGAAACUGUCUCCCUUUUCCAAUGUACUAAACAUUACAAGAGCUUUGGCCUGAUCUAACUCACACACACAUGUAAUUUUACCAAAUCAAACUCCAAAUGACCACAAAAUCUAUUCAAUGUAGUUCAUGGUUCAGAAUAGGCAAAAGUUUAGCUAUGGCUAUUUUUCCAUAUUGCAGCAGAAACCUAUAUCUUGCGGAUUAUGAAAAAUGAGAAUGUUCUUGUUGAAUAUCUACAAUCUGAAGUUCUUGAACAUGAUGAAAAUAUGUUGCCUUGUGAGGUUUACUCUUUCUUUGAUAGAAUAUAUAUCUAGAUAUAUAUAUAUAUAUAUGUCAUUGCCGCUACUCUUUCAUCAUACCCAGAGAAGAUAAAUGGAUCCCACUUACAUUUACGUUACUCCUACCACAUUUUUCUCUAAUUAGAAAGAUGGAGUUCUCAGAGACUUUUCGCUUACCCUUACCCUUACCCUUGCUUUACAACAAGGCACAACUCGAAACAGAAAGAGAUGAU